AUGCACACCGUGCAAGGACGGUGAUUCAGUUAGCGGCGAGCCGCCGUCGGUGGAGGAUCGUCGAUCGCCGAUUUUUCGUCCCCUCUUCGGAUCGUAUCGCUUCGGUUGGAGCGGCGUGCCGCGUACCGUCUUUUCGAGCCGCAUAUACACAUUUCGACUCGCGUGUAACACGCGCACGCGCCCCUGUAUCUCGUUACGAUCCAUUACCAGCUCGCUCAGGAAUGAAAUUGACACGCGCGUUCUGCGUUCUGAAAAUCGAAUACACCUGAGUCAAUCUAUCUGUCUCUUUCUCUCUCUCUCUCUCUCUCUCCGAUGAAAUUUAUCGAAAGAAGCGAGGCUCGGAGAAGAUUUCGCGUUUCGUUCCCGCGAUAAUGCAAGUAAAGAAAGAUCGAUCGAAGCAAGCGGCCUCGCGGUUGGCAUCGAUAUUUUGAAUGGUUACUUUGAAUCGACCGGGAUCGCGAGAUGACGAGGCGAGAAGCGUGAAAGUUGGCGACUAGCUGUAGAGAGGAUCCCGCAACCCUCGUCGUUGUUGUGGAGUGAUCGGAGAGAAGAACGGAGCGAGGAAACGAUCGUCGAAGGAAAGAAGGACGGUUUGUGCGUAGGUGACACGGUAAGGGGCGAGCGGGAAGGGGCGAAAGAGCGAGGCAGAGCGGGGCGGAGGGAGGGAGAGGGGGAAGGGGGCCGGGAAGGGGGGAAGGAAGAGAGGAAGAAAGAAAAUCGGCUGGCGCGCGAAUAACACCACCGUCGAGGAUGAAGAGCGGAUCGACGGACGCGCGACUGCUCGUCGGGAUAAUUUGCGGAGUGAUUCUGCUCGGUGGCGGGCACGCGUUGGCGGGGAGCGAGAUCUACGCGAAAACGUUCCCGAGCCAACAGCACCCGUCGGACCCGUGCUACGACGAGGACAGGCCGCGACGAUGCAUACCGAAUUUCGUGAACGCGGCGUUCGGCGCGGCGAUCGAGGCCUCCUCGACCUGCGGAAGCGGCGGCCCCACGAGGUACUGCGACGUGAUCGAGCAGCCGGGCGGUAGCACGGGUAUAGGUCAGUGCCACAUCUGCGACGACAGCACGCCGCGGCGCCGUUUCCCCGCGAGUUACCUGACAGACGUGAGCAACCCCAACAACGUGACCUGCUGGCGGAGCGAGCCGCUCGUCACGUCGCAGAGUUUUUCCGCGCCGCCGGACAACGUGACCCUGACCCUCUCCCUGGGGAAGAAGUACGAGCUGACCUACGUCAGCCUGCAAUUCUGCCCGAGGGCGGCCAAGCCCGACUCGAUCGCGAUCUACAAGUCGAUGGACUACGGGAAGACCUGGCAGCCUUUCCAAUUCUACUCGUCCCAGUGCCGCCGCGUGUACGGGAGGCCGAACCGGGCGACCAUCACCAAGGCGAACGAGCAAGAGGCGAGGUGCACCGACAGCCAUCGGUACACGGGCGGCAACGGGCUCGCGCCCGUCGGCAGGAUCGCGUUCAGCACUCUGGAGGGGCGGCCGUCGGCCUCCGACUUCGACAAUUCGCCGGUGCUGCAGGACUGGGUCACCGCGACCGACGUCCGCGUGGUGUUCAACCGGCUUCACAUGCCCCAGCAGCCGUCCCAGGAGCAAGUGCUGCAGCUCGGUGCUGAGGAGCACGGCCUCGGCCUCGAGGAGUUGGCGAAGCGCGAGCGGGAGCGGGAGGAGAGGUUGAAGAGCCAGAAGAGCUCGGCUCGGGGCUCGCUGGACCCGCUGGCGACCGCGUUGCCCUCGGUGCACCAGGUGAUCGCUCCCCAGGAGAUGCAGUCGAACGACGCGGUGGAGGAAGGAGGCGAGGGGGGGGCUUUCGUCACCGUCUCGACCACGACGAGCAGCACCCUCGCCGGCAGCCUCGGGACGAGCACGCUCGCCCACCACUACGCCGUCUCGGACUUCGCCGUCGGCGGCAGGUGCAAGUGCAACGGCCACGCGGCGAGGUGCGUCCAAGGCAAGGACGGCGAGGUCGCCUGCGAGUGCAGGCACAACACCGCCGGCAGAGACUGCGAGAGAUGUCGGCCGUUCCACUUCGAUCGACCCUGGGCGCGAGCCACCGCCAGGGAUGCCAACGAAUGCAAAGAGUGCAACUGCAAUCUCCACGCAAGAAAGUGCAGAUUCAACAUGGAACUGUACAAGCUGUCGGGACGCGUCAGCGGAGGCGUUUGUCUGCAGUGCCGGCAUUUUACGGCAGGAAGACACUGUCACUAUUGUCGAGAAGGUUACUACAGGGAUCCGGCCAGACCGAUCCAACAUCGUAAAGCCUGCAAACCGUGUGACUGUCAUCCGAUCGGCGCUUCCGGAAAAACUUGUAACCAAAGCACCGGCCAAUGCCCGUGCAAAGACGGUGUAACUGGCACUACUUGUAAUAGAUGCGCCAGAGGUUACCAACAGAGUAGAUCGCAUAUUGCACCUUGCAUCAAAAUACCGAGAGUUGUGCAGACUCAAGGCACGGCCGGCGAGGAGAGCGGAGAGCACGAAGACGACGACGACGAUCGCGGUUACGAUGGACGAGCCGACCAGUGUGGAAAAUGUCGGGCCAGCACCAAAAGAUUAAACCUAAACAAGUAUUGCAAAAGAGAUUAUGCUAUUCUGGGCAGAAUAACGGACAGGCACAAAAAGAACGACGGCUCCUCGGCUGGGACAAGCGUUUCCGGUUCGGUUUGGAUACGCUUCACUUUGAACGUUGAUUUCAUAUAUAAAAAAUCCCCAAAUUCGAGGAUUCGUCGUGGCGAUGUGUUCCUCUACGUACAUUCGGCUGAUUUAGCCUGCAGAUGCCCAAAAAUCAAGCCAAAUAGGUCGUACUUGAUUCUUGGCCAAGAGAGCGACGGUGGAGGUCAAGGUGGGCUGACAGUGACGCAAAGGUCGAUCGUGAUCGAGUGGCGCGACGAGUGGCAUCGUAGAAUGCGACGUUUCCAGCGGAGGGCGAAAUCGUGCCAUUGAACCAAUUCUCACCGCACCAAGGAAAAUUAGACGAGGAGAAAGAGGGGAAGAUGGCGCAAGCGGCGCAGAGAAAGGAACGGAGAAGAGAGACAAGCAAGAGAGAUAGAGAAAAAAACAA